AUUGUGAACAUUGGAAGUUUGACAUAUUUGAAUUUUAUUAUAAAGUCAAGCAACAAGUUUUGACAGUCAUAGGCAAACACAGAUAUCAACAGUUCUAUUGGGUGCCAAAUACAAAUGUAUUUUAUAAAUUACACAUAUAAAUAUAUAUGGUACACGCCUUUUGUGCUUCAAUUUUUCGUACAACACAACGAAAAUAAAGUCCAAAAUUUCCCCCAAAAAACAUUUGGGUUCUUUGGGCAAAGAACAUAUUCAAUGUCCCAUAUGCCAGAACCACUCUCAAUUCGACAAAACUUUCUACCUUCCGCUGAGCGGCUCGGUUCAACUACUGAUAUGCAGUCUUUUGCCCACCAUGUACAAACUCUUUACCAACUAGAAGUACCAAAUGAAAACAUUUAUCUCGCACUAUCAACUGACUUACCUGUAUCAAACCUAAUAGAUACUUUCCAUGCUGCAGCUAAAAAGAUUGACCUUUGGCUUGAAUAUGCUAAUGUUGCUAUAUUUGCUUUAGAGCUUGAUGUAAAGGAAGGAAUGAGUGUAAAAAACGUUAGUGAAAUGGACGUCUUAAUACAUAAAUUUGCUCCAAAUGUUGACUUACUUCAAGAAUUAUCACAGACAGUACUCGACAACCUGAAGCAACCAACUGAUGAAGAAAGAUGUAAAGACGUUAAGGAUACACUUGAUAGAAUUCAAACUGAUUGGGUUGAUGUAAAAACUUUUUUCGGAAGGGUUAAGAAAGAAAUGUCCGAGUCAAAACAAAGACGUGAACUAAUGGAAACAAUGGAUCAGAUUUUAGCUUCGAUAGAAGAAUUAAAUACUAGUAUUUUCGAAUACCAGGAACAACGUCAUAGCGGUUUAACUGACGGUGAAUUUCCAUUUCCAAAACUUAGUUCCAGUCCAACUACACGAAAUAUGUCUAUGACACCUGCUUCGUCGUCAAAUUUUAAUAACAAUUCUCAUAACGAGUUUAGCUCGCGUGCUGAUGUUGCAUUAAUGAAACUUGAUUCUCGUUUAGAACCAUUAUCAGCACGUAUAGAGUAUUUAAGAUCUCGUUUAUCAGCACCGAAUGCACCAUCAGAUCCUAAUGGAGUAUUAUUGAAAAAGAAUAAUAUUUUAACCAAUAAAUGGGAAGCAUUAAAACAUGAAAUGGAUUCUUUGAGAGAAGAAUGUAAAGAAGACAAAUGGUUAGGAGUUUUUAAACAGGUAACCAGUAACGCUACUCAAAUGAUGGAUUCACUUGAAAGAGCCGUUAAACAAUGUAAGGACUUUAUCACUAGAGCUUCUAGUAGAUCCGAUUCACCUUUAAAACUAUUUCAACAAACAAAACACAAUCAAAAAUCUUAUUCGAGAGAUUCACAAUAUCAACAACAGCAACCACAACAACAAUCCAUAACUAUAACUCCUAAAAAUUUCCAAAGACUUUAUAAAAGUUUUGAUGCUAAAAGAAAAUAUUAUAUCCCAACUGUAACUAAAAUGCUUAGGAUGCUUGCUGAUGGGAUUAAUAAUCAGAAGACAAGAGAUUGGGAUGCAAUUAAAAAAUAUAAAGCGAUGAAAGAACGUUGGGAUGUUAUUCUUGACGGUGUUUCUGAAGUUCAAAAGGAAAUGCCUUCAUUAGAAUCUGUACUAGAUGCUUCACUUUUUUCAAAUAGCUCCCCUCCAUCUUCAAUACCUUCUUCAAUUGCUUCUUCACCUCCAAUGUCUCCCAAUAUGAAACCUUCUAGAGAAAAAUAUACGCCAGAAUCUAGUUCGCCUCCGAAAGGUCAAAGAGCACUAUCGCCAUACAGAAGGGUAAUGUCACCAUCUGAAUAUGAACGUUCAUUAUCUCCACCAAGAAAUAAUACAGGAUCUCCUUUACGUUCAAAAUCUCCUUCACCACGAGCUACAAGUCCGGGAGGGGGUCGUUCUUAUCUAGCUCCAAAUGGUAGGUCUGUAAGUCCCCCGCCACUAUCAGAUCGAAAUCCUUGGAGUUCACAAUAUAAUCAUUCGCCUUAUAAUUCACAUUAUGGACCUUAUGGUCCUUCAUACAAUAAUAAUGAUCAUGGUAAUCCUUAUUAUCGUGAACGUGCAUCAUCUCCCCAACCGAGAAAUGGACGAUCAAAAUCUUCCACGAGAUCCGAAUCACCUAUACGUUCUCCUACAACGGGUAGACCAAUGACACCUGGCGAUCGCAUGCAUCCAUCAGCUAUUCCACGUCCUGUUACUAGUAUGGGUUUAGCUUCUAGGUCGACUUCGCGUGCAGGAAUGAGGUCUUUCCUCCCUCAAGCAAGCACUCCGCAACCUGGCAUGACCGCUUCUUUAUCACGUUUAAGCAUGGUUUCUCCACCUCCAAAACGUCAACCGUUGAGAUCACCAACUCCUUCUUCAGUCACAAGCAGUUUAUCAAGACCUAUAACUCCUGAAGGUGAUGAGCGUCCAAUGACUCCGUUAACUGAUUCAUUGUCAAAAAUGGCGAUUGAUUAUCAUUCUCCACAAUAUACGCCACUUAAAAAUGAUCCACUUGAUAUUGAAGUUGCUAAGGUAGUAAACUCUUCUCCAUUAUCGGUUAAAGUAGAACGUGCUGGAAACGAUAAAUAUUAUUUUGGGAGUGAAGGAGGGGGACGUGACAGGAAAAUUUAUCUUUGUCGUUUAAUGAACUAUGCUUCAAGUAAAAAAGUCAUGGUUCGGGUUGGUGGAGGCUGGAAGGAUUUGGAUAUGUUCUUAUUGGAUUACAGUCUUAUGAGUAGAGAUAUGUGAUAUAUAAAAAUAAUCCUAAAAAUGUAUUAUUGUUGUUUGUGUCACUGGACCUUAUUUAAAAAUUUUUAGAUUGUCAGUUUGUUUUAUUAUUUCGUUUUUGAACCAUGAAUUUUUAUGUAUAUAUAGAGCUUUUUUAUUGGUAUCUAUUUUUUUACUUUUUUUUGUGACACUAGAUAUUUUUUUUUUUUGUUCUGGUGAUUCUUAAACUAAUAAUACAUAUUCCAUUAAAAAAAAAAAAAGAAACCACGGAAA